GGGAGGGGGGGGGGGGGGGCGGUAAAGCUCCAAGUACUAUUCUCUCAGGCCAAUGCCAUGCGAUAGAGGUUGCAAUCCAGGAGGUAUUACCAGAUACGACUCACAAAUGGUGUAAGGUGCAGGUGCUGAGCAAGGAGAAUGAAUUCCUUGGGCCAAUAUUUUCAAAGAAGACUGGAGUUAAGGAUGACUUCCAAAAGAUCACUGAUAGCAAGUUGACUGUUAGAGAGUUCGAGUCUGCUUGGCAGCACCUUCUAGAUAAGUACACCUUGCAUGGCAAUGUAUUUCCUUUCUCAGAUUUAUGAUUCUCGACAUAAAUGGGCGAAGCCCUACUUCAAAGAGAAGUUCUGUGCUAAACAGACUAGUAUGCAAAGAAAUGAGUGCGCGGACUACCUAUUUAAGGGUUAUGUGCCACUGAAUAGAUCUAUCAACAUGCUUGUGCGACACUACAACAAGCUCCAAUCUGAUCUUGAUUCAAAGGAAAGCUUCGAGGAGAAUAGGAGUAGGAAGAGGUCCAGAGUUAUGAGCAAGGGAGUUCCAGUCGAAGAGCAUGCUGCAAAGAUCUACACAAGGGCUAUGUUUGAAAAGUUUGAUGAAAUAAUUUUCCAGUCUGGUUCGCAUGUGGUGGAUGAAAAGGUGUGAGGGAAGGCAUAUUUGGCAAGGCACAUUAGGAGUGACUGCCGGGAGAGUUGGUCACAGGUGGAGUUUGAGGUUACCAUUCGGGCUGAAGAUGGUGCAGUUGUUUGUGAGUGUGGAUUGGGGGAUCACAUGGGGAUGCCUUGCUGCCAUGCUGUGAAGGUGAUGAUACACUUGGGAAUGCUAGAGAUUCCAGCUGGAAAUAUUGUGAAGCACUGGACAAUGGAUGCAAGGGAUAUUUUGCCGGCUCAAAUGAUUGAACUUGAGAGUGAUAAGUUGACAGAGAACUCACAGUCGUAUAGACAGUCGGAUUUGUUCAUCCUUGCCUUUGAGUUUGCGAAGUCUUGUUCCAGGAGUGAUCAGACUUUUGAAGGAGGGUUGGCAGGUCUGGUUCAAUUGGAGCAGGACCUUUUGGAGCUCAAACAAGUCAGGGAUGGUUCUGUGUUGUCCGAGAAAUGCAGCCGUUCUGCCGCCCAAGGUUCUGAUGCGCAGGGCAUGUCUGCUGCAGCUACAUAUGAUGCUACCUUGGCAGCCCAGGAACGGAGAACUGAAGUAGAGGCACCUGAUCCUAAAUGCAAGAUUGUUCAGCAUACCCAGGCAAAAGGACCACAAUAGAUGUGUACGUGCCAAAGCGUGGUGGUUGGUUGGUUUGUACAUAUCCCAAGGAAGGUAGCAAAUAGCAACUUGCAGCUCAUCGAGGAACAUGUGAGUGGUGGUGUUUGGUUGGUUAUGUAAGAUAACUGAAUUCUGGUGGUCGUAGUCGGGUCAGUAGGAACUUAGUGAGACGAUGGACCCCGGAGCUUUUUCUUUUGCUCAAGUAUUGUAAACAUUCAGUGAUGCUGAGAACAAGACAAUUCCAAGCUGCAUGCGAAACUUACAACGUUAUAUUUGUCAUCC